AUGGGCUGCACUUCCUGCCUGGGCUUUGCUAAUCCCAACGGCGACCGAGGGCACGAUGCUGAACGAACCAUUUCCGAUUCUCGCGGCUGCUCAUGCGAUAAGUCACAUACAGAAACAACACUGAUAGUGCACCCGCCAGUCCCGCCUGCGCCGAAGACGAAGAGUGCAUCAUCUACUUUGGCCUCAUUUGUGCAGCAGGCCGAUGAUGUGACACAGCAGAUUAAGGAUAUAACACGGAUGCUGGAUCAGGCCUGGCGAGACGACAGGCCCGCUGCGGCUGCCAAACCCGUAAAAGCUGCUAGGUCUACCGAUCGAGGGCCAUUGAAGAUGCCCAAACCCAUUAAUUGGGACGCACCGAGAUACCCGCCGCCCAGCCGCUUCAAGGAGCGCCCCUGCGAGAUAAGAGCAGAUAUUCCUAAGAGUGGGUACAGACGUGCUUCUAGGGUUGUGGCCGAAUUGGAGACGCCGAAGGUCUCUAAGCCUAAGCAGACCGUAUAUAACGAAUGUGGCGAAACAUCAAAAAAUGAACAGGCACAUAUCGAGAUUGCUUUACAGCAGAAAGACAGACCAAGUUGCCCUAGUGUAGCUAAGAGCGCAGCGGAUAUGUUAGAGAACCAGGACGGAGCAAGAGAAAGAGGAGAGAUGAUAGGGAAAGGGUGGCUGACUGUGUACAUGAAGGGCCGAAAUGACGGGAGAACUACGAAAGAACUACUUAAAGAUGUGGACAUGUACUCAGAAGAGGGAGAGGGGUGGGAGAUGAUCGCGAGUGAGGAAGAGGAGAUGUGGGAUAUUGUUGAGCGAUAG